AUGUCUUUCCUUCAUAAUCAUUCUUGUGAGUGCGUUAAGUCAGAAUUGGAUUUGUUUGCACUACCGUCUACACAAACUAGCAUUGAAAAUGGAUUGUGGAUUCAUUAUAAACCAAUUUCAUCUCUUGGUGAUGAUGGACCUAUCGAGUUUCAAGUUCCUGGGACCGGCGAUGACUACAUAGAUUUGUCUCAUACAUUACUCCACAUAAAGGCAAAAGUAUUAAAUCAAGAUUCAACUAACUUGGUAUCUACUACAAUAGUAGCACCUGUAAAUAAUUGGCUGCAUUCACUUUUUAGUCAACUUGAUGUUUAUUUAAACCAAAAACUUGUAUCACCACCUAAUAAUACCUAUGCAUAUCGAGCAUACAUGGAAACCCUUUUAAACUAUGCCCCUGCUGCUAAACAAUCUCAUCUUACUUGUAGUCUUUGGUAUGAGGAUACAGCAGGAAAAAUGGAUUCUACAGAUGGUAAAAACAUAGGAUUUGUUAAAAGACAGGAAUUGAUUAGUGAAAGUAAGGAAAUAGAAAUGAUUGGUCAUCUUCACGGUGACAUUUUUAACCAAGAUAAAUUUUUAAUUAAUGGUGUUGAAAUGAGUGUUAAAUUGGUUCGAUCAAGAGAGAGUUUUAAUUUAAUUGUUGGGUCAAACGAUGUAAAGUUUAAAGUUUGCAUUACGGACGCAACUCUUAUUGUUCGACGAGCACGAAUUAAUCCAAGUGUAUUACUCGCACAUCAAAAAGUUUUAGCUUCUACCACUGCUAAAUAUCCUAUUACUCGAGCUGAAGUAAAAGUUUUAACAAUUCCUUCGGGUGUUCAAGGAAAAACUCUUGAUAAUAUAUUUUUAGGACAGGUACCGAAAAGAUGUAUAAUUGGAUUUGUGAACAAUUCUGCAUUUAAUGGUUCCCUUACUAAAAAUCCAUUUAACUUUGAAAACUAUGGUAUUAAUUCUUUCAGCUUAUAUAUUGAUGGUCAACAAAUACCUUCAAAAGCUUUGCAACCAUCUUUUAAUAAUAGCAUAUUUACAUCAGCAUAUCAUACUCUAUUCUCGGGAACUGGUAUUCACUUUCUUAAUGAAGGAAAUGGAAUCUCUUGUGAACAGUAUGGCAAAGGUUACUGUCUAUUAGCAUUUGACUUAACUCCUGAUUUAUCAGCUAACUCAUCAACUCAUUGGAAUCUCAUAAAGCAUGGUAGUGUAAGAAUAGAAGUACGAUUUGAAUCCUCAUUAAUACAAACAAUUAACUGUAUAGUUUAUGCUGAGUUUGAUAAUAUUAUUGAGAUAGAUAAAAACAGAAAUGUUACUGUAGACUAUAGUAGUUAA